AUGGUGCAAAACACCGCAAAGCUUGGAGGCACGGCGUCCACUGUCACCGUGGCUAAGGUUGCCGUGAGUACUAGCCCCCAACCUUUGCGCGAUUUGCCCAUUGAUACAAUAUAUAUAUGUAUGUAUGGCGUAGCACGGCCUCAUGAUGAUGACGUACGUAUUUUGGCCCCCACUCCUUGUAGGGAUCUGCAUGCGACAGGGGUCAUCCACAGAUGGAGGGGGAGGAGCUCCCCUGCGCCCGACGAGGAAUGCUUCGAGGCAAUCAAGGCCGGCAUCGACGCGCUCCCCCCAGGCGUGAAGAUGUUCCUCAAUAGCGGGGAAUUCUACGGUCCCGAGUUUUCCACCGGCAACUUGGAGCUCGUCGCGCGCUUCUUCGAUAAAUACCCUGAGUAUGUCGACAGGACGUUCAUCUCCGUCAAGGGCGGCCUGAAGGCCCGCGCGCUUGAGCCUGACUCGUCCCCAGAGAACCUGCGACGCAGCGUGGACACCAUCAACGCCGCCCUCCGCGGAACGAAGCGCCUCGACCUGUUCCAGUGUGCCCGCGUCGACAAGAAGGUGCCCAUCGAGGAGACCAUCAAGGUCCUCGCGGAGUUCAUCAAGGAGGGCAAGCUCGACCACAUUGGCAUGUCAGAGUGCAGCGCGGCGACGUUGAGGAGGGCGCACGCGGUUCACCCGAUUACGGCUGUGGAAAUUGAGGUGAGUCCCUGGUCGUACGAGGAAGAGACGAAGAAGGUCAUUGCCACCGCGGGAGAGCUCGGGAUCUCGGUCAUCGCAUACUCCCCGCUUGGACGGGGCUUCUUGACGGGCACCAUCAAGAGUCUGGAUGACCUCACAGAGAACGACGCGCGGCGGAGAUUUACUCGAUUCGCAGAGGAGAACUUCAAACAGAAUCUCGUCUUUGUAGAUGCUAUUAAAGCCCUCGCGGAGAAGAAACAGAUUACCCCCGCGCAGCUCUGCAUCGCAUGGGUAGGCUCGCUCGGGGCGCACGUCAUUCCCCUGCCCGGAUCCUCGCACAAGACACGCACACUGGAAAAUCUCGCGGGGGGAGACGUGGAACUCACGGAGACAGACCGUGCCGAGAUUUUAAAUAUUAUUAGCACGUACGAGGUCAAGGGAGACAGAUACUUUGGAAACCCCCAGGCAGCGCACCUCUGGGGGUAA